ACACGAUUUCCAUCAUCUCACACAAACUAUUUUCGUCAAAAACUUGCGCCUAUUUUCAUCCCCCAUUUUCUAUAUCCUUUAUAAUUAUUAUUAUUUAUUUUCCUUUGCCAAAACCCUAACCCUAACCGUCAAAUUCGCUUAAAAAUUCCCCCUCUUUGUUCCAAUCCUUUCUCUAAUUACACUAAAAGCCCCUUCAAUUUUUGAUAAAUUUAAUUUAUUGUAAAAAUUUUCCCCAUUCCUUUUUUUUUUUAAAUUUGAGAAAUUUCCAUGGCCGCCGUUGUAGAAGAAACCAUACAAUGAUUGAAUUAUUGGGGUUUCGUUUCAGUUGUAUGGGGUUUAUGAAAUGCCUGAGCUGCGAAAAGGAUUUUGUAGAGGCCGUGCCAAGUUAGCGCAGCCUCAGCAGCCACAAGAAACCCGGAAACAAACGAGGAAUCAAGGUCGGAAACGUGCGGCGGCGGCGGUUAUUGAGGUAGGUAGACCAAGGACGAGAUUGGCCGCCAAGAGACUAAAGGAGGAGGAGGAACACCCUCAGGUCGUUGUGAUUUCUGAGAGAGAGAGCGAUAUUUUGAAGGAGUUGGUAAAAGACAAUAAAGAAAAAGCUGUGAUGGGGGACGAUAGCGGUGGGUUGAGUGCUAAUAAGGCUGCCGGACAGGAAGAGGAGGGAAGUACUGCACCUUUCCCUGAGAGGGUUCAAGUUGGGGGAUCUCCUAUGUACAAGAUAGAAAGAAAGCUUGGUAAAGGUGGAUUUGGUCAGGUGUUUGUUGGAAGACGUGUUAGUGGUGGAAAUGAACGUGCAACUGGUUCUGCAGCCACGGAGGUAGCUCUGAAAUUUGAGCAUAGAAACAGCAAAGGUUGUAGUUAUGGUCCUCCUUACGAAUGGCAAGUUUACAAUGCUCUAGGUGGUAGUCACGGAGUUCCAAAAGUGCACUACAAAGGAAAGCAAGGAGACUAUUAUGUGAUGGUUAUGGACAUAUUAGGGCCCAGUUUAUGGGAUGUUUGGAAUUCUUCAGGGCAAACGAUGUCUGCAGAAAUGGUAGCUUGUAUAGCUGUUGAGUCCCUAUCUAUACUAGAGAAGAUGCACUCCAAAGGUUAUGUGCAUGGGGAUGUUAAACCUGAGAACUUUUUACUUGGUCAACCAUCCACGCCACAAGAGAAGAAGUUGUUUCUUGUUGACCUUGGAUUAGCAACAAAAUGGAAAGAUAGCAGCAGUGGACUGCAUGUCGAUUAUGAUCAACGACCUGAUAUGUUUAGAGGAACUGUUCGAUAUGCAAGUGUCCAUGCGCAUUUGGGAAGAACUGCUAGCAGAAGAGAUGAUCUUGAGUCUCUUGCUUAUACUCUCAUAUUUUUACAUAGAGGCCGGCUACCAUGGCAGGGUUAUCAGGGUGACAACAAAUCAUUCUUAGUCUGCAAAAAGAAAAUGGCUACAUCACCUGAAAUGCUUUGCUGCUUCUGUCCUCCACCACUAAAACAGUUUCUUGAGAUUGUGGUGAAUAUGAAAUUUGAUGAGGAACCCAACUACUCCAAACUAAUAUCGUUAUUUGAGGGGUUGAUAGGACCAAAUCCAGCUGUAAGGCCGAUAAACACAGAUGGUGCUCAAAAGAUUAUUUAUCAAGUGGGCCAAAAGCGAGGUAGGUUGACCAUUGAUGAAGAGGAUGAUCAACCCAAGAAGAAGGUUCGUCUUGGUGUUCCUGCUACACAGUGGAUUUCAAUCUACAAUGCAAGACUUCCAAUGAAGCAGAGGUAUCAUUACAAUGUGGCAGAUGCAAGGUUGGCCCAACACGUGGAGAAAGGAAUGGCAGAUGGUCUGCUAAUAAGCUGUGUGGCAUCUUAUACCAAUCUUUGGGCAUUAAUUAUGGAUGCUGGAACUGGUUUCACAAGCCAAGUUUAUGAGCUUUCACCUUCCUUCUUACACAAGGAGUGGAUCAUGGAUCAGUGGGAGAAGAACUAUUACAUUAGUUCUAUUGCUGGUUCUAGCGGUGGCAGCUCCCUUGUUGUAAUGUCCAAAGGCACCCAAUACACUCAACAAUCUUAUAAAGUAAGCGACUCUUUCCCAUUUAAGUGGAUAAACAAAAAGUGGAGAGAGGGCUUUUACGUAACCUCAAUGGCAACUACUGGAAGCCGAUGGGGUGUUGUUAUGUCUCGCAAUGCUGGUUUCAGUGAUCAGGUUGUUGAACUUGAUUUUCUCUAUCCAAGCGAAGGAAUCCACAGACGUUGGGAUAAUGGUUAUAGAAUCACAUCAACAGCUGCAACUUUAGAUCAAGCUGCACUAAUCUUGAGCAUCCCUAAGCGCAAGCCCGGUGAUGAAACUCAAGAAACUUUACGAACAUCUCAAUUCCCCAGCACACAUGUUAAGGAAAAAUGGGCAAAAAAUCUCUAUCUUGCUUGUCUAUGCUAUGGGAGGACUGUAUCAUGAAAUGGGGUAUCUGGUGACAAUUUUCCUAGGAAAAAAAGGGGGAGGUUCCCUACUUGUUAUCUCCAUCUGUUUCCUUUUGAUGUGUUCCCAUGUUAAAUGUUUAUAGUGGACAUUAGGAUGUCUUAACAAUAUCUCCCAAGUCCUUGUACUAUUAAAAUGUUGCAAUUUAGUCCUAAUUUUGUUUAUUUCUGUAUUUUAAAGUACAACUGUUAACAAUGUUUGCUAGUGCUGUUAAAUAUGUGCUAUGUGGCAUAAACAUGGCCCUAACAUGUAAUAUAAAAUGUUAUUUAGAUAUAUAUAUAUAUAUAUAUAAAUUGAAAUUUGGGAGAGAAUAA